GGAUUGAAAGAGUCUCUGUGUUGGGCCUGGAGUAUGUAUUUGGCCAGGAAAAUGGGUUUUCAUGCCUUUUCCGGGCUUUUUUUUUCACCAUGUUUCAUGCAUGUUUGACGUGUGUUUCGCAUAUUUGACAGUCGGAUAGCGAGUCGGAUAGGUUCAGUCCAGUCAAAGAUCUCACGAAAAAGAUGCGUGAUAAUCUCAGUUUUUACACUCUCACGGAGAGAAUUUUCAUCGUGAAAACUUUCUACAGGAAUGAAAGUGACCUGAGCAAUGUGAAGAGUAAUUUUCUCGCGGAAUUUAGCAUUAUAGACGAUGAAAUCCCUGAUCAUCACAUUAUUGAGGUUAUCAACCUGUUCGAGGAGACAGGAAGCGUUCGGGAGAUCCCUGAAUUCUACCUGGAGGACAAGAAAGCCAUAGAAGAUGUGUCAGUGCUUGAAAUUAAGCUUGAAGAAGCAGAAAUCAAGACGGAAUGCCCAACUUUUGACACUCCAGCAGUUGAAGAUGGUCAGGAUCGCGCUGAGCCAGAGCCAAAGAGGAGGACGAGACAAUCAAAUCACACUAAGGAGAGAAAGAAGGACGUCCGCAAGAACGUCAGGGUGGAAGAGACUGAAGGCAGGAUUGCGUUUGAAUGUGAUAUUUGCAAGAAGAAGUUCAUCUCGAAGCUGGGAAUGAAGAUUCACGUCCGCCGACACGGUGGCACAGAGGAGUACAGCUGCAAGUACUGUCAGGAGAAGACACUGACUUCUAGGGAGUUGAAGAGGCACGUGAAGGAGCAGCACGCCGAGGAGGCCAGCAGAGACAAGCCGCAGAAGACCUGCACGAUCUGCUCUAAAACCUUCACGACGUGCAAGGGCCUCACGCAGCACAUGCUCACGCACUCGGACAAGAGAACGGCGGUGUGUGAUGUUUGUGGCGCAGCGUUCAAGGCGCGCUACACUCUCACCGUGCACAUGCGGAAGCACACGGGCGUGAAGCCGUACAAGUGCGACUUUCCGGGCUGCAGUAGAGAAUUCCACCAGAGCGCUUCCUAUAGAAUCCACAGGAGGAGUCACACUGGCGAGAAACCAUAUCCAUGCAAGUACUGCGGCAAAUGCUUCGGCGACAAGGGCAGUCUGAGAAUCCACUUUCGUCAGCACACUGGCGAAAAUCCCUUUAAAUGUGAACUUUGUGGAAAAACAACGAAGCAGAAGCAGAACUUGAAGAGUCACAUGAAGCAUUUCCAUCAUAUUAACAACUUCACAAUGUAGCGAAAUGCGUAAAAAUGUAAAUUUGGCACUAAUAGAAAAUCAUGUUGAUAUUUUCGAAUAUUACAUAUAAAGGUCAAUGACCUGUGAAAAUCAAAACAAAUCACUUUGAAUGG